UUAUCAAAGCAUUCCGAACAUGUACUUGAGAUAACAACGGGUGUAUUCAAAAGAUGGAAUAGCCAGUGGAACUAAUUUUAGAAACAACUCAUUUGCAUAUCGGGGAAAGCCUUGUCUGUGUUCAAAGGGGCCAAUAUAAAUUUGGCGGGGAUUGUAGUCUUUCAUACGAACGAUCAAAUAAUUUUCGUAGCAGAUACAAAGGUCAUGUGCAUCCAAGUGUAGCUAAAUAUAAAAAAAUAGUAAAGGAUAUAUAAACAAACAGCUUUAUUGAGGGUCAGAAGAAGCUAUAAUAUCUUGGGCCCCAGUAGGUGAUCUGUGAAGCAACAAUGUCUGCCCCUCAGGUCAAUGGGCCAUCCAGCCCCUCUGGGAAGUAUAUAGACAAUAUAGAUCCUGAUGACCCAGAAUACCAGCGUCAGAUGAGGAGACCAGCGGAUGUCAAGGAGGAUGUCAAACAAAUGCAGGAUAGGUCCAGAGUGUCGCUAGUCCUCAACAGCGAGGCUUUUCGUAAAGAGUUAGAGGAGAUUAUAAAUGAACAGAUUUCUGAAGGAAAUGACCCCACCAACUUAAUAGCACUACAGCAAAUUACAGAUCUACUCAACCAAAACAACAAAUCAAGCCAGCAAAGUGGUGGUUUUGGAAGAGGACUUACUUCUGUCAUUCCAAUCGCAGAUAUAAAGGGCAUGGAAACAACAAAAUAUACAAAACAGGAAAAACAAUUACGGUGUAAAGUAGCUUCCUUGUACAGAGUUGUAGAUCUGAAUGGGUGGAGUUAUGGAAUUUAUAAUCACAUAAGUGCAAGAAUUAACCAAGAACAUGAACACUUUUUAAUUAAUCCAUUUGGAGUGUUGUAUUCAGAAGUGACGGCAUCAUCAUUAGUUAAAGUGGACAUGCAGGGAGAAACAAUAGAUCCUGGAUCAACAACAUUAGGAAUUAACAAAGCUGGUUUUACAUUACACUCAGCCAUUCAUCAGGCUAGGCCGGACAUUAAGUGCAUUAUUCAUCUACAUACACCUGAAGUUGUUGCAGUCUCCACAAUGAAAUGUGGUUUUCUUCCCUUGUCACAAGAAUCCCUCAUAGUAGGAGAUGUUAGUUUUCAUGAUUAUAAUGGAAUUCUAGUAGAUCAAGAAGAACGGGAUGCAUUACAACGCAGUCUAGGACCAACUAAUAAGGUUAUGUUUUUAAGAAAUCAUGGUGUAGUAACGUGUGGUUCUACAGUAGAGGAAGCCUACCAUUAUGCAGUUAAUGUCAUGUCUGCUUGUCUGACACAGACAAAGGCAGUCCCAGCUGGAGUGGAUAACCUCAUUUUAGUUAGUGAAGAAAUAAAAAAGAGAACGUUCCAGGUUGGAAGCCAAGGUGGUGGUGGUGUAGACACAGGAGGCAGGAAAUGGAAGACAGGAGAACUAGAGUUUGAAGCUGUUAUGAGACAAUUAGAUAAUGUUGGCUAUAGAACUGGCUAUUUAUACAGAUUACCACAGUUUAAACAAGAAGUUAGGAAGGAGAAGAAUAACAGUGAUGUAGAAAUACCCCCAACAUGUAGCUCAUUUACAUACAUCAUUGAUGGUGACAUAGAACACUCAAAAUAUGUAUCACCUUUGAAAUUAGCUAAAGACAGACAGAAGCAGAACUACAAAGCAGGCUGGUUGGUUAAUUCUCCAAACAAUUAUGUGAGGCAAGAAUUAGAAGAAUCUGGAACACAGAACCCUAAGAAAUAUUCAAAGUGGAUACCAGAAGAAGACGGAUCACCAAAUAGAAAGAGUACACAAAUUAAGAUUGAAAAUCCUAAUCAGUUUGCACCACAGGGAGCUAACCCAAAGGAGUUCAAACUUAAACAGAAAGAGAUCAGAAAAGAUUAUUAUGAAGAAAGGAUAAGUGCAGGACCUCAGUCUAAGAUUUUAGAAGGCAUUACUUGGGAGGAGGCGAAAAAAUUACAGACAGAUGAACCUAAGGACGGAGAUUUGAGUAUGGUAGGGGAUAAUGUUAUAGUAUAUGGUGCUGCAUCUAAAGGCAUCAUCCAGAGAGACCAACAACACAAUGUACAGGUGUAUAAGACACAGUAUGCUGCCAACCCCUUCGACAGUAUCAAUGAGGAGGAGAUAGAAAAGUACAAGAUAGAGGUGGAGAAUAGAGGCAAAGGAGAACCAGCAGUAACAGAAGAUUUGUCACCAGGACCUGAUGGUAAAUUGAUAUCUACCAUGGAGCGUAUGCACAUCAUACAACAACAACAAGUAGAACCAGAAACUAAACCAGAAGUAGAGAAACCAAAACAAGAAGUUCCUGUAGAAACCAAACGUCAGUCAUCUAACACCUCUCGUAGUGAAGAAACCACCAUUGACGAUGUGUUUCAAUCUAACUACCCUCCUGUUUCACCUACGUCACCUACAGAAAACAAAGUUAUGUCUCGGAAAAAGAGACCUCAAUCUAAAGAGACAAACAUAGAUGAUAUAUUUGAUGAUAAGUAUAAUGAAUUAGUCAGUUCAUCGAAGGAAACAUUGAUAGAUGAUGUGUAUAUAGAAUCUCAAAAAUACAUAGAGAAGCCACCAGCAAUUCGGAGGAGUUCUUCAAAUAGAGACCCCCCACGUAGUCCUGCAUUAAUACAAGAAUUAAAAGAGAAGAGUUUUGAGAGAUCCAAAUCGGAACGAUAUGGGCGUGAUCGUGUUCUAAAUGGAGAUGAGAAGCCAUCUUCCCCAGCCAAGUCUGAUACCCUCAAAUCAACAGACAGUGCCAGUGGUGGUGAUACUCUAGAAGACAGGAGUAGUAAAGAGGGAUCUCCAGUGAAAGAACUUCCAUCCCCAUCAAAAGACAAAAAGAAGAAGAAAAAGUUUAGAAUGCCAUCAUUCUCAAAAAAUAAGAAAAACAAGGAGAGCAAAGAAAGCACAUUAUAAAUAGAACUAUUUGCAAGCUAUGUGAUGUUUCGUCCUUGUGUUUCGUUAGUGUUGCAUGUUGGGAGAAUUUGUAUUUGUAGGGCAUGAAAUUAAAUGGUCGUGUGUUGGUUCCAAUGUGGAAAUAAAAGCAGUUUUAAAAACUGAAUUGAAAUUUUUUUCUUUCGAUGUUGUUCGAUUGACAAAAAAAGAAUAAAUUUAUUAAGCUUGGCCUUACAGAUAACAAAACACGCGGACCAGAUAAAUGCUUGUAACAUUUGCUUGCCAUGGUGUAAAAAGUUUUAAGAAAUUUAAUAUUCAAUUUUGAUUAUGUAUUCUUAGCCUUUCUUUGUAUACACAAAGUUCAUUUACUCUUUAGAAACUGCCUGUUGAAAAUAGUUUGUAAUUUAUAUCUAAGUAAUAUGUACAUUAAGCCUAGAAACCAGCAUGAAUGAAUAAUUUUGAUAUUUUUGUUUUUAGAAUUUUUUAUGUUUCACAUUUUGCAUUAUAUAUUUUGAUCAUCCCUGUGCCAUUGACAUGAAUGAAGGUGUAACGUGAAUUAGUGCUCACGGUUUAUUGAUAUCUGCUGAUUUUGAUUUGCAUUAAAUUUCAUAUAUUUAUUAGCCUGACCUUGGUCUAUAAAUAGGCUGAAUUUUUGCUGAAAUAAAUUUUUAGCCUAAACCUGAUUCAUGAAGCAUAAAAAUUUCUAUUUUAUUUGAUAAAGUUAAUAAAUCUUUUUGAUUCAAUUUAGCAAUAAGAAGGCUAUAUGGCGUUGUGUUAAAUUUCAAAAAUCUUUUCACAAGACAUUUUUCUGAGGGAUUUCAAAAUAGUACAAAGGGCAUGAUUUUAUUUACUGCAGUACUGUACAAGAGCAGGUUGUAUUUUUAUUGUAUAAAGUUAGUUUUAUUAAAUGAUUAAAUUUUUAUUAUUGUUAUUUUAUCAUUUGUUGAACUGCUUGUGUGUGCAAUUGUCUCAUGUUUUCAUGUCUUAUUUUCAGUUUUCGUUUCAUGGAAAUGUCAUGAUAAAAUAUGUUUAAUAUGACACUCUGGGUAUUUAGUUUUUGCUAUACAUGAUACAAAGAGUUAAUACAAGUAGGUGUAAAUACAUUGUAUGGGAUUGUUAAGGAAAUAUAUCAGACAUAAAUUGAGCAGUGUUGGAGACAAUCAGAAUAUACAAAAUUGAUAGAAACCAGUUGAGAGUAGUUUUCCCUUUUUAUUAUUCAAAAGGAAUCAUUCAUUCUGUUUUCGCCUUACAGGAGAAUCGUGCAUUUAAUACAGAAAUUAAAAUGCAGAAGCAUAAAAUGCUAACAAAUAUGGUGGUUUAAUUUCAUUAAAUUGGAGGAAAAAAAUGCAUGUUUACAAUUUUGUGUAUGUUGAUUAUUUUUUCUCAAUACUGCUCGAAAUCCUAAAUUGAAUUGCUCAGUAGAACUUGAAACCAACUUGUAGGUUUAGAAAUAGAGAAACAGUUGUAUGUAAUACGUUCUCUUUGUAUCUAUAAUGUACAAAUACUUAGUUUUAGAUUCUUGGCAUAAUAUAACUACAUACAAAAAUUUACUAAUAAUUUGAUAGUGCAAUUUUUUUCUUAUAUAAUUUGACACAAAUAUUGUUUUUGUAAUUAUAAGGUUGACAGUUUUCACUACAUGGCAUUCUUUGAACUCACAGAAAAGGGCUUUCUAAUUUUUGAAGGAAUUAGGGCAUUAGGUAUAACUUUACAACCAGAAAAUGAUUUUAACACUUGCUUAUCCAUUCAUACUUCAUAACUGAAAAUUACAAUAAUGCUGUCUCUUAAGACUCUUUUGACAAAUUUUGGAUGGCUUUUGUGAAAUUGAAAAAAAUUGGUCAUAUGAUUUUUCUGAUGAUUAUUAGUAAAAAAAUACAGAAUUUGUUAAAUGAUAAUUUCAUGUCAUUAGGUUUGUUUUAUUCAUACGUUUUUAGUAGUCCCAAGGCAUUUAUAUAUUAAUGCUAUUCAUGUUGCACAUAUAAUGCAAUAUUUACAUCGUUUAAUACAUGUACAAGGUAUAGAAAUUGAUUUGCGUUCAUUUCAUUCAAUCAGUGCAUUCUUCGUGCAUAUUAUUAUUAUAUAUAUAAUAAUUAAUUUAAUAUAGAUUGAAAAUAGAAAUGAAAUAUAGUCAAUAUAAAAGAAUGUAUGUUUAAGUGUUGGACAAGUUGCAAUUAUCUACCAUUGGAAAAUGAUUUUGAAUGUAUUGUUUAUAAUUGAAUUAAAAGGGAAUAAACCAAUCACUUUCCAAAAUUCUAAACAAAAAUUUCUUUGGGACAUUAAUAGUUUUCAUAAACCAAAAUAUGAAUGUUGUGUAGUAAACUAUAUAUAUUGUAAACAUUAUAUGUCCUUUUAUCAACAUCCUGUCUGUAUAAGUUAUAUGUAACAAAUUUUAAUACAGCUAUGCAUUUUUUAAAUUUAUUUUCAUUUUUAUCCAUCUAUAAACUGCCUUUUUUAAAUCAAUUGUGUAUGCACCGUUUAAGGGAAAAGCGACAUCAUUUAGAGAAUCUACAAAUCUUACACUAUAAGAUCUGAAAAUAUGAUAAAGAUGAAAUGGUAUAAAGCAAAUAAGUGUCAUUUUCUAUGUGUAUGUUUGUUGCAAUUGUCUUUAUCAAGGAUAAACAAGUGAAAACCUAGUCAUUACCUGUAAACAAUUGAUUUAAUAUUAUUUUUGCUGAAAUAAAACAAAAAAUUAGCAAGUUUCACAAAAUUUAUAUUGAAUAUUAUGCCAUGUUACUUUUAGUUGCUAUACUAAGACUAUGCUUAUUUUUUCAUGUAUGUCUGAAUGCUUGCAAUAGUCAUCUUCAUGCAGUGUUCAAUAAAGGAAUCCAUACUUCAA